AUGGCCAUUAGCGUUUCUCUUUUCUUGGCCAUUCUCCUCGGAGUGGCCUCUGCCUCUGAUGUCAAUGUUGGCGUUGGAGUGGACGCGGACACUCUCAAGACUGACCUCAAGACCGACCAUAAGACAACCUCCUUUGCCGAAGACUUCAUCAACUCCACCUCCACCUCCUCUUCCGAUGAACUCGAACCUGAAGCUGAACCAAACGCUGAAGCUACCAAAUCCCAAGAAAAAGAAAACAAAAAACAAACAGAAAAAGAAAUAAACAACGGGAUUGACACGGAAGCUACUACCAACGAUCUACACAUCACUCCUCCCACGACUACGACCACCACCACCACCACGACCACUACCACGACCCCUACCGAUUCUACGAUGGAUGCUAGGACCGACAUAGCUGUCGAUGCCAGUGCCGGUAUCAACAAAAAGGAAGACGACACGUUGUCCGCCCCUGUGGAUAGCAAGGAUGAUAAGGAAGAAGAAGAUUCUUCCGAGCCCAUGGUGGCUGCCGAUGCCGCUGGCACAGAAACUACCCAAACCAUUGGCCGCCACCGUGAAUUGACGGCACAAACCGAUUGGUUGAUGGGAAACACCCGCAUGUACGGACCUCGAGAGACUGCCAGCCUCACUGAUGGUUGGGCAGCUGCCGAGGAGUUCUGCCAUCAGCAAGGUGGUUCUCUUGCUUCUGCCGCAGAGAUCUGUCCUCCCGAUGGAACUGCUGCCAAGUCCAGGCCAUUCUUCGGAAUCCAAACCGGUGCGAAUCCAAAUCAAUGGAUCCCUGUCGCCGAUGGAACCAACAAAUGGAUCAACAUUGGAGAAAGCGCUACCUACCCCACGUGUACCUUUCAUGGCGGUGCUGCCGGCAGUGGGCAUGCUAAUGGAUGGGCAAAUUUCAUUGUAUGUCGUUCCAACUGGUUUAAGUACAAAAAUGUAAAGGCAACGGAUGUCGGAGCCGGUGCAGAUGGCGCUCUUUGGGUGCUUACCGACUAUGACCAUCUCCCUCCGCAAGGUUGCUAUGGAAUUAAACGCCACGAAGGAAACGAUACGUGGACAGAAAUUGGCGGAUGUGCCCAGAAAAUUUCCGUGGGAAGCAGCGCCCACGUUGUGUUAGCCAAUUACGUUGGACAAAUUUUCAAACAUGGUGCUGCUGGUUGGUUUCACCUGGAUGGAAUGCUUGCUCGUGAUAUCAGUGUCACUCAGGAUGGAACCAUUUGGCUUACACAGUGGGUCGAUGGAACCACAUCCGGAAAUGUCUAUCGCAAACGCCCCAGUGAUACCUCAUUUGUGGCAUUCUUAGGAGGUGGAGACCGUAUCACUGGUUUAGGUCCUGACAGAGCUGCACUCUGUAAUGCAUACGGAGGCCAAAACCACAUCUAUAUCAAAGAAGACGGUGGUAGUUGGUAUAGCUCAGGAUCCUGUGAUGGUGGAGAUGUCAGCUACGCCACUGAUGGAACCUUGUGGACAACUGCAGCCGUGAAUGCACUAUCAAGUGCUGGACAACCUCGCAAGUCUUUCAGUUCUACCGCCACAACCACAAACUGGACACUUCCGGUUCUAGGCCCUUCAGGUGGAAACAUUGCUGCUGUGAGUGCCAACAAGUUCUUUAUGGUUGAUUCCAACAAUGACCUAUGGAAGUAUGAAGUGCCACCCAAGAGAGAACCAAACGGGAUUGCUCGGGUCUUUGGCCCCAACGAAACUGCCGCCAUCAAGUCCUAUGAUCAAGCGCAACAGUUCUGCGAGUCCCAGGGAGGAUCUCUUGCUUCCAGUGCUGAUGUUUGUCCAUUGGAUGGCUCAAACCAGCCUUUCUUUGGCAUCCAGUCUGCAGAUCAGUGGACCCCAGUCUCAGAUUAUCACAAUGCGUGGCUUGAGGUGGGAACCCAUCCAGACAAUACGCCCUGCAGUUCCCACCUAGACUUGGCCAAUUCAGAUCCUGCUUGGGGUCUCGAUGGAUCCACCAAAGUGGGACCUGAGGCCAAUUAUGUUGUCUGUAACAUGAAAACAUCCAUCUACGGGCCCAGCUAUACAUCCAAUGUGAAUUCCUACAAACAAGCGCAAGACUUCUGUCUGGCCAGAGGAGGAACUCUUGCUUCCAUCUCUGACAUUUGUCCCUUGGCAAGCUCUGGCGAACCAUACUUUGGUACUCAGUUGGGGGAUCAGUGGACACCAGUCUCUGACUACGACAAUGCAUGGCUCCAGGUUGGUGUUCAUGCAGGUGGUGUUUGCAAAUCCCACAAGGAAAUAGCCAGUGGAGCAGAUCCUGCCUGGGGAACUGAUGACUCCAGCAAGUUGUCAUCCGAGGCAAAUUUCAUUGUUUGUGUCUCCAGCAGGGUCCUCUAUGGGAAAAGUGAAACAUCUGCCCUCACAACAUAUGACCAGGCGACAAACUUCUGUAAUGCAAAAGGAGAAUCUCUUGCUUCGAUUGCUGAUCUCUGCCCCUUUGGUGCAUACAGCCUACCCUACUUUGGCAUCGAGACUGGUGAGCAGUGGACCCCAGUCUCAGACUACAACAAUGCUUGGGUCCAGGUGGGUGUCCAUUCCGAUGGUGUUUGUCGAUCCUAUCGUGACAUCGCCAGUGGAGCGGAUCCUGGCUGGGGUAUUGAUGGAAGUAAUAGUGAGGCCGCAAACUAUGUUGUUUGCUCAAGUCGCUGGAAGCAGUUUCAUGGUAUUACUGCUCGAGAUGUUGGUGCCGCUCAGG